AUGAACUCCAGUUUAUCACAAAAUAUAACAUUUGUGCGCCCGGAGUACUUUUUGAUUAGUGGACUUUCUGAAAUACCAAACAGCAAAUACUUUUUUAUUAUUUUUAUUUUUAUUUACAUUAUUGCAGUGUGUGGAAACUCGAUCGUCCUUUUCAUGAUUUUCACUGAGAAAACUCUACACAGUCCUAAAAACUUAGGGAUCUUUAAUUUAGCUCUGGCAGACCUUGGUCAAACAAAUUCACUGAUCCCAAACAUGUUAAAAACACUUCUGUUUGAUUCACCGUACAUUUCUUAUGAUGCUUGUUUGGCCAACAUGUAUUGUACUUUUUUCUUUGUCGGUGGACAGACUUUAACUCUGACUGCUUUGGCAUAUGAUCGUUUUGUUGCCAUUUGCUUACCCCUGAGAUACCAUGCUAUUGUUACUCAGUCAUUUAUGACUGCAGUUAUUACAACAAUAUGGUCAAUACUUCUUGUGUUUGUAAGUACAAUGGUGGGUUUUAUCACUCGACUUUCAUUCUGUAAAUCCAAUGAGAUAAAAAGCUUUUUUUGUGAUCAUGGACCAGUUUAUAGACUCGCUUGUAAUGAUAUUAGUUUAAAUCUUACCAUGUCACAUAUAGGUACUGCAUUACUUAUGUAUGUACCUUUUAUUACAGUAAUCUUAUCAUAUUUAGGAAUUCUUUUAGCCAUGAUUAAGAUAAAAACGUGGAAGGCCCGACUUAAAGCACUGAAAACUUGUGCCUCCCAUCUGAUAACAGUGGGAAUAGCUUUCUUUCCUACAUUUGGUGUUUAUACAGCUGCACUGACAUCGUCAAUCCAUCCUACUGCUAGAAUAAUCAAUACUUCCAUUUCAAUGAAUAUUUCACCCAUGUGUAAUCCCAUCAUUUAUGUCUUAAGCACAAAGGAAUUUAGAUGCGUCAUUAUGAAAAUGGUGAGAAAAAAAAAUGCCAACAUGAAUCUUAAGCCAAAGAUUUUUACAAUCUGA